AUGGCAGCAAGCAAGCGCCAAAGUGAGAGUGCAGACUCUAAAGCCUCAAAAAGGGCCAGAGUGGACAAGGUCGGUCCAAAAGUGAAGGGUGCGCGUGCGGAGGACUUUGGAGGCUUCGACCAGGUAACGAACACUUCAACGCAGGAUUUGGUAGAGGAAAAGCCCAAGAGAUCGAAGGGAAAGUAUGGAUCUACGACUCAGAGUCCGUCGACCAAAGCGGAAACAUAUCUAAAUGGCCAAACCUCGCGCGAAGCCCAUGCGAAGCAAAAAGCCCUCGCGCAUGACCGCAAGGCAGCCAAACCUAACGCCGACUCCAUCGCUCGGUCAAAGAAGAUCUGGGAGCGUCUGCGCCGCAAGUCCCACGUCCCCAAGCAAGAACGAGAUGAACUGGUCAAAGAACUCUUCCAGAUCAUAUCAGGGCGAGUCAAGGAUUUUGUCUUCAAACAUGAUUCUGUGCGGGUUAUUCAAUGUGCUUUGAAAUAUGCGACUCCGGACCAGAGGCGGCAGAUCACAACGGAGUUGAAGGGUAGCUACAGAGAACUGGCGGAGUCCAAGUAUGCCAAGUUCUUAAUAGCAAAGAUGGUUGUGGGCGACGAUGCCAGUCGAGAUGCCGUAGUCGAGGAAUUCUACGGCCAUGUAAAGAGGUUGAUCCGCCACCCAGAAGCAAGUUGGAUUGUGGACGACAUUUACAGGACCAUUGCGACGAAGCAGCAAAGAGCCAUCAUGCUCCGAGAAUGGUACGGGCCCGAGUUCGUCAUUUUUGGCAAGUCAAAGACACACGACGCAUCAGAAAAUGAGCAGGUAACAGCUGAACUUUCUGAUAUUCUCACUGAACACCCUGAAAAGAGGGGCCCCAUCAUGUCUCAUCUGCGCGAAAUGACCAAUCAACUUGUUCAAAAGAAGACUACGGGCUUUACCAUCCUCCACGACGCCCUGCUGCAGUAUUUCUUGAAUUGCAAGCCUGGAAGCCCGGAACUUACCGAGUUUUUCUCCAUGCUCCGCGACGAUGAGGAAGGGGAUAUCUACAAGAACCUUGCGUUCACAAAGUCGGGCUCUCGAUUGCUGUGCCUUUGCCUGGCGCAUGGCAACUCCAAGGAUCGAAGAGGGAUGCUGAAGUUUUUCAAGACGCAUAUCAAACUCCUGGCGAGCGACCAAUACGGGCAUAACGUGCUGUUGACCGCAUUUGAGGUUGUUGAUGAUACGGUGAUGACUUCGAAGACAAUUUUCCCAGAGCUUCUGAGCAAAGACCUUGAGGCUGAGGCAAGGGAGCAGGAGUUGCUCGCGCAGGUCGAACAUCUUACUGCGCGUACUCCACUGCUUUAUCUCAUGGCCCCCGAGGCACCGAAGUGGCUCAUCACACAUGAGACAGCCGCACUGAUUUCGGAGGUUCGUGAGAUACGGAAAGAAACAUCCAAGAAGGACCCGGAGACACGCCGCAUUGAACUGGUGAAGUAUAUUGCCCAACCUCUUCUCGACCUUAUUACGAACCAAGCGCGAUAUCUCGCACAGUCGACCUUUGGGUGUCAGUUCAUCACCGAGACCGUUUUUGGUUGUGCUGGCUUUGGCGAGGUACAGGCUGCGUUAGGUGCGAUUGCAGACCUGGCAGCCGAGGCGGUCGAAGGGAAAGAGCAGCAAGAAGAGAAUGACAGGAUCCUGGGUACGCCAGCAGUAGGCCGCAUGCUCAAGGCUCUCGUGCAAGGUGGACGGUUCAACAAAGCGACGAAUUCGAUUCAGCUGGUCGAUCCGCCUUUGAAAUUCGACGAGCUGUUAUUCCAGAAGAUCCAAUUGAAGGGUGGGGACGACGAAAUCGUGGCCUGGGCAAAUGGACCAAAUAGUUUUGUUGUUGUUGCCAUGUUGGAGGCCGAGAAUUUUGAGAAGAAGGAAGAUUUGGUGGAGGUGCUGAGAAAGCACACGAGAGAGUUGGACCAGGAGAACAAAGGGGCGGCCAUCAUUCUAGAGAAGAUUGGCGAUGAUGGUCGGGAGAGGAAUGGCAAGCGAGGCAAAGAACUGGAUGCGAAAGAAGACGGACUGGAGGCCGAACAUGUGAACGUGGAUUCGAACCCGGUCGAGAAGAAGAAGGGCAAGAAAGGGAAGAGCCAAGCCAAGCAUUAG